AACAAUAAUGAACUGAAAUUUUAUUUCUCUCGUCUCGUCCUCCAACUCCUCCCCACAAGUUUCCGACCUGCCAAAUCUCUUUCGCGUUUAAAUUCGAGAUAUUUCUUGUCCGCCUUCUGAAGCGCCCCUGCCUCGCCUCGCUGUCCCGGAGCUCCCCGCCGCGCGCCGACGACAGCCAGCACCGAUGGAUCAGGAAGAAGGUAAAGCAGCGCAGAGCCUACCGAAUUUGGGAGCGACUCUGGCUAAUUUGGGGGACGGUUGCCAUUGGUGUGCAGUGACGGAAUUCCUAGGGCAGGUGCCCCUCCUGCAGCGCCUCCCCGGCUCGUCCAUCCGCAGGAUCGCCGAAGCCGUCCAGGUCAAGCACUACGAACCUGGUGAAUACGUUGCUCGUGAAGGUGAACCUGUAGAUGGCCUUUGCAUCAUAUUGGAUGGACAGGCCGAAGUUUCUACUCCUGCAAGCACAGAAGAAGCAAACCGCCCAGAUUAUGUGUUAAAUAAAUAUGACUAUUUUGGUUAUGGGACCAAUAGUUCCGUUCAUCAAGUAAAUGUUAUUGCAGUGUCGAAGCUGAACUGCUUUGUAUUGCCAAAUCAAUAUGGGCAUCUGCUGCAAACAAAGACAAUUUGGAAUGCAGAGGAAACACCUGAAAACCAUACUUUGAUGGAACAAAUUUUGCAUUUGGAGCCAUUAGAGCUUGAUAUCUUUCGUGGAUUUACUUUGCCAGAAGCUCCAACUUUUAGGCAAGUUUUUGGAGGACAAUUGAUUGGGCAGGCACUAGCAGCAGCAUCCAAGACGGUCGAUUGCCUGAAACUUGUGCACAGUUUGCAUGCAAUUUUUCUUAUUGCAGGAGACAAUAAUAUGCCAAUAAUAUAUCAAGUUCACCGGGAGCGUGAUGGAACCAGCUUUGCCACCAGAAAAGUGGAGGCAAAGCAGAAAGGCCUUGUUAUAUUCACUUUAACUGCUUCUUUCCAGAAGGAAGAAUUAGGGUUUGAGCAUCAGGCUGCAAUCAUGCCUGACGUUCCUCCUCCAGAACAGCUUCUAAAUAUGGAGGAGAUACGAGAAAGAAGAAUCACUGAUCCACGGUUUCCAAUGCAAUAUAGAAACUCGGCUGCCAAGAAGAAGUUUGUCCCUUGGCCCAUUGAAAUGAGGUUCUGUGAAGAUUCUACAUCUCAACAUGAACCAAGCUUGUACUAUUGGUUUAGAGCUAGAGGAAAACUUUCAGAGGAUCCAGCUCUGCAUAGAUGUGUUGUAGCAUAUGCUUCGGAUCUACUAUAUUCGGGCGUCAGCCUCAAUCCUCACCGGGAGAGGGGUUUGAAGACAUUCACUCUCAGUCUUGACCACUCAAUGUGGUUCCACAAGCCAGUGAAAGCCGAUGACUGGUUGUUAUAUGUGAUAGACAGUCCAUCUGCACACGGUGGCAGGGGAUUUGUUACUGGACGUAUGUUCAACCGGCAAGGAGAGCUCAUUGUGUCGCUGACCCAAGAGGCGCUGAUUAGGCGUGCGAAGACGCCUGGACAAACCCCAAGACCGAAGCUUUGAGAGGUGCAGAAGAGAUGUAUUAUCUGUCCUUUCUCUUCGUCUGGUUUUGCUAUUAUAUACUCCAUGUAACACAUACGUUGAGCCAAAAUGCAUCUACAUAUAUAUCUAGAAAAUUUGGCAACAAGUGACAAAGCGUCUUCUGUAACUUAUUAGAAAUAUGCAUGAGUUGGACAAUAAGGGAGAAGUUGCAUAUGCUCUUCAAGUCAGAAUAUCACGCUGCAGAUUGCUAGAAGACAGGCUUGGUGUUUGCAUCUGUACACAUGCCUGUAUGAUUCCAUAUUUGUUUGAAUUGUACUUAUACGGAAAAAGAAAAUGUUGGAAUUUGGUCAGCUA